AUGGCUCUUACAAUCGCUCGAAAACGCAAAUGCCAAUCCGAGGGCCCAACUCAACAACGCGAACCCAAAAAACAACGCAACAGUUCAGGAGAUACCGGCUCGCACUUUCCCUUCCUCUCAUUGCCACUCGAGCUCCGCGAUGAGAUCUACAGGCACAUCAUUAUCUCCGAUGGAGCAGCCACGAGUCUGCAAAAGCAAAAUCUUGUAACCAAGACCGGGCUAGUAGGAGUUAACGACCAAAUCUGUCAAGAAUUUCUCGACGCGCUUUUGUUCCAUGCGCCAGUGAUCGAGACGACAGUCAAGAACCACAAUUUUGCCCACGUCGUUACGUUUCUGAAUCCACUGUCCGAAGCACAGUUCCGACGUAUCUCGUCGAACCCCGGGAGUGAUGGCACAUCGGAGGAUGAAAUGGACACACCAGCCGGAACUCCACGCAAAAUUCGCAUCACGCUGGUGUAUUCUGCUACCAAGCAGAGUACUAGAGCGCAGUUGAACCGCUGGCUUGAUAGAUUUGAUGACCCGGAUCGGAGAGGAAAGGAACUCGAUUUCGAGUAUGUGGUCGACUUUGGGACCUACAGAAAUGGAGGAGGCAAGCAGCGACCAAGAUUCAGGGCGCUGGCUGGAGAGGCGAGCAAUAACGAAGCAGCGAAGAUUCUCAAGGCGCUGAACAAGAGGUCCUGGUACAGCUGUUAA